GGCUCGGCGAGCGUAGCAUGAUCAUAAACGAUGGCGUUAGUGGAAAAUGCCAAUUCUUUAUUUGUGGAGCAGGAAGAUUUCUAUUGUGGAAAACAGUAGCUACUAGCUAGUCUCAAACCCAAAGAGGAAUAGGAGUAGGGAUUUCUUCAUUACCUAUAGCAUGCACCAAGUAGUCGUUUCCAUUUGCGAUUCCACCAGCACUUAGAGUUAGUGUCUACCUAUGGGAGUUCUGAUGUUGUAAGGUUGGACUUGGUUGUUAUUCAUUUCGGAAAUGACAGUCAUGACGACGAGCAACACUUUAGAGUGUGACUACCUUGUGGUGGGGGCGGGCGCAACUGGACUGGCAUUUGCCGAUACGUUGUUGCAUGAGUGGCGCGAAGGUCCUGCUCCUCGCGUCUUGCUCGUGGAUAAACAUGCUGCUCCAGGAGGACAGUGGAAUGAUAGCUAUUCCUUCGUCCGGUUGCACCAGCCUUCAGCCAUGUAUGGUGUGGAGAGCGAGCCUCUUGAGCCUUCAAGUACAGCUGGUGGAGAUGCGGGGAAAGACGAAGUAGACGACACUAAAGCGUCUACUACUAGUUUGAAAACAAGUCCAACUAAACAUCGCGCCACGCGUGAGGAGAUUCUGCGCUAUUACAAGCGCGUAGUAGACAAGCUGAGUGACAAGUUUAGCUUACAAUUUCUUGGCGGAUACGAGUACAUCUUUCCUACUUCAUCAUCUGCGCGGCAAGUGGACGACGUUGAUAUGCAAGGAGGAACAUGCCUUCACACUUUAGUGCGACGUGGUCACGUUGAGCCAGCAUCAGCCGAUCCGUCUUGCGCAUCUCCCGAGGGGCACGCGCAGAGCGUGCGUGUACUUAGGAAAGUGGUUGACGCACGCUACCUGGAACCGGAUUUGCCAAUUUUCGUCGCGCCCAAGUUCAAAUUUGCUCGGGAGCACGUCAAGCUUAUUACACCCAACGACCUGGCGACACCGACAUCUUCUGCGGGAUUUCACACGGCAGAGAAUGAGGGUGACUCCACUUGGGAUGAUGUUGUUGCAGCAGGUAAUCUCAAUUCUACCACUGGGACUACUCCUAGGGCGACAAAAUUUGUGAUUAUUGGUGCAGGAAAAACGGGCAUGGACUCCGUGGUGUACCUACAAGAGACGUUGCAGGUGCGCCCUGAAGACAUCGCGUGGGUAAUGCCGAGUGAUAUGUGGAUCACAGCAAGAGAGAACAUCGGCAGCUGCAUGGAGUUACUGGCAACCUGCGUAGACGCUGCGAAAGAAGAUGCAACGGAUCGCUCCUCAGAUUAUCUUCCGGAAAAAGAUACUAACAAAAAGAGUUUGAAUUACCUGGAGUUUAUCCAGAACGGUUUUCUGGAAUUCGAAAAACAAGAAAAAGUAUACCGAAUGUUUUCCAACAAGGGCAUGGAGAUGGAUACAGCAGACAGCGCAAGAAUAGCAAUACCGACAAAAUUUAAGGAUGCCACUCUGUGCCGACGAGAGCUAGAGAUUCUGCGACGCGUGCGGCAAGUGUAUCGUGGUCACAGAGUUACCGAAAUUUCUUGGAACACAGCUGACAGCGCUUAUGCUUUGCAUUUUGCGGAUGCCUCAAUUUCGAAAUUACCGUGGACGGGACAAAACAAGAGCAACGUAUUGUUCAUUCAUUGCAGCGCUGGCGCAUUCAACUACACAAAACAGCAGAACGCAGUCGUGGAGGCAUCAUCAAAAGACAAUGAUGAUGAUCAGCAAGGCAAGAUAUUCUCGAAAGACAAGAUAAAGAUUCAAGAUGUCUACGGAACUCCAGGGUUCUGCUUCGUAGGCUCCGUUAUAGCUAAACUAGAGACACUGCAGAGCAGCGCAUCUUCAUCUGGAGAAACGCUCUUCACUAAUGAAAUGAAGAAUGCCAUGUGCCGUGCGCCAACUCCUCCAGCGCCAAUUGCUAGACAAGAGAAUAAGGACAAGUCUUCUUCGGAUGCGCUUACUGCAUCGACUACUUCAACCUCCACCAAUGAGAACAAGCAGGGACCAGCAGAACAGGACCGUCUUGCGCCAUCAGAUGACAGUGGUGGAGUUGCUGGAAUGUAUGGAGGACUGGUGCAGAGGAUCUCUAAUCUUCGAGACUGGUACAACAUCGCGGAUCUGGGGUCAUGGCUACACGGUGACGGCCGUCGAAAACCGCAUCGCCUGUUCAAUUUGAACCACCUUCCAGAGGAAACAGCGAAAAAGCUCGUAGAAAGAACGUACGAGUGGAUUUCCGCGCAUGCUGUAGACGCUCUGGCUUGUUGACUUAGAAAUGCCAAUAAAUGUGUUUACUUAUCCAUAGAAUAAUUUAUGAAGCGGAUGUAGGAUGGACUUGGAUGGAUCGGAUGGACCCACCUAAGUCUUCGAGUCCUACUUAAAAUGAUUGCCGAACGUGGGAAGUUCAUCCGAUCCAUCCGAUCCGUCCCGUCCUGAAUCCGCCACCCCUAUCAACUGUUCUAUCAUAAUGGUACUCCAUGAAAAUGUGAACGAUAAACUUUUGGUUUCCCUUCACAUCUGCAUACUUUUAGUAACCCUAUCAAAUCAGGAGGACACACAUGACAUGUACAUUUUCACUGGUCCGUGUCUGUUUACAUUGACCACACUGUCUCCAAUGAAUCCCAUUCAGGAACGUUUGAAACAUCCUUCCGAUUUUUACG